ACAUCACUUUAAAUAGCCUGCCUCUCUUCCAUCGUCUUGUACAACGAACCAUAAAACUCCACUAUAUCACUUGAACUCUACGUCUGAUCCGUGACAGCAAUCCACAGUCAUCAAGAACCACGUUGGGGACAAACAAAACAAAAGAAAAGCGACUCUAAAUUCAUUUCCCCCACAUUUAUAUCGACACGGGAGAAAAUAUUUGAGAAAGAAAGUGCGACAUUUUUUUUUUUUUUUUUUUUUUUUUUGACACAAGGAGGAAACUAAAGAUUCAUUUGCUGGACUAUGUGUAACUUGGAGCUACUUUAAUGGCGAAAUAUUCAUGAAAUCCUCCCGGCUACGACACACAGGACGAGGAGGAGCAGAAGAAGAAGCAGAAGCCGUGAAUCCACCCCCGCCCGAUGAGCACAUUUUCAGCCCGCAUUACCUGUCAGCACACGGCGAAGAGACGAGAGGAUGUUAUCUCGGUUAAAUGAGCUGAUAUGGACCGACUGGAUCUGGUUCCCAGAAGGCUACGGCUGGGAUGAUCUGAAGGAUCACGAUGGGAAAGUCUUCCCUAAAACUCGGGACCUCUGGGCGGUUCUCCCAGUCGCACUUUGCUUCCUCAUCAUCAGACAGAUAUUUGAGCAGACUAUAGCACUUCCUUUAGCGACUCUGCUGGGAGUGAGAGACAAGCAUCGUGUUUGUGCGUCGCCUAAUCCCGUCCUGGAGUCUCAUUUCUGUAGCAAAUCAAAACAUCCCACACAGGGCUCCAUAGAGAGUUUAAGUAAACAGACGGGAUGCUCGGUGCGACAGGUGCAAAGGUGGUUCAGGCGACGGAGAAAUGAAGACCGACCCAGCAAGCUCAAAAAGUUUCAGGAAGCGAGCUGGAGGUUUACAUUUUACCUUCUUGCUUUCUUUGCUGGCCUGGCAGUCCUUGUUGAUAAACCAUGGUUCCACGAUGUAAAACUGGUGUGGGAAAACUUCCCCAAAAUGCCGCUGUUGACCUCCCAGUACUGGUACUACAUGAUCGAACUCGGCUUCUACGUCUCCCUGAUUUUCAGCGUAGCAUCAGAUGUCAAGCGGAAGGAUUUCAAAGAGCAAAUUGUUCACCAUGUGGCUACCAUCCUCCUCAUCAGCUUCUCCUGGCUGGUCAACUACAUCCGAGCCGGGACUUUGAUCAUGUUGGUGCACGACGCCUCUGACUAUCUUAUGGAGUCGGCCAAAAUGUUUAACUAUGCGGGCUGGAAAAAAACCUGCAACUUCAUCUUCACUGUGUUCGCUGCAGUUUUCAUCAUCACCCGUCUCAUCAUCUUCCCCUUCUGGAUCAUAUAUGCAACAGGCGUGUACCCGCUGUCUCUCUACCCCACCUUCUUCGGCUUCUACUUCUUCAACGGGCUGCUGGUGGUGCUGCUGAUUUUGCACAUCUUCUGGACGGGACUCAUCCUGCGCAUGGUCAUCAAAUUUCUGCCAGGAAAUGGCAUCGUGGAGGACGAGCGCAGUGAUAAAGAGGAGACGGAGUCGGACGACGAAGAUGACUGUAGCAAGCCGAAGAACGGCCAUGUGCAGAACGGUCACUCUGUCCUCCACAACCACAAGAAAAGAGACUGACUGGUCAGAAAGAGAGAGACUGGCUGAUUAUAAACAAAAAAGAAAGAAAAGGUGACAAUGGCGCCCUCAUCUGGAAGCUGAAAGACAUGCAGCAGGCAUCACACUCAAAUUUACUCUCAUUUGUAUUUUACGUUUUAGGAAACGCAGUCAGCUCCGAGGGGAUCACUUGGCCUCUCUGUGGAUUACACUAAGAUAGAAAAGGAGCCGUUUUGAUCCCGUUUGCCUCUAAGCAGCAGAACAAAUUCCCACUUCUAUAUUUUUCCUCUUUGUCAACCCGCCUGCUUGCAGCUUUGUUUUCUUGAUGGGAAUAUUUCCUGGAAACUCGGCGCUUCAGAUGGUUUCUCCCGUCCCUACAGCUCAUUAACACUCUUCUAAUUCUAACUGUCGAUCUAAAACGUAACUUAUUUUUGCUCUAAAUAAACGCACAGAUGCCAGAGAUGAUGUGAUGAGUACUAUUGUAAAUGUGGCUGUGAUUUCUUUUUUUUUUUCUCCUAUGGACCAUAAAUCCCCUUAAGUCCAACGUUUUAUUCAAUUACAAAAAAAACAUUUCUGCUGCAUUUCUGCCGCUCUAGCUCUUUUGGGUUAAACGUUGCGAGGUUAAAGACGAAACAAUUGCUAAAUAACAAUAAUAAUUAAAUAGUGUGAGUGAACGUGCCUAGCCUGCCAUACAAACUGAAAAGUGCCUUUGGAGAAAUGUGUCUUUAAAUACUUGCUUUUCUGAGAGAUGGCUUGUUUUAAAUGUUUGUUUUGUUUAAAAUCUUUUAAGUUUUAUCACCUUUCUUUCAUCGUUUAUUUCUUUUAGUGCAGCCAAAAAGUUUAAAUUUGGGAGCAAAGCGUUUGAUUAAGUUGAUCAGUAAAUGUUGAUUCUUUUCUGGCUGGAAUAAUCCAAAGCAUAUCCAUUUAGUAUAUUUCUUUUUAUUAUUAUUAUUAUUAUUUAUGUCUCAGUCAUCUUGAGAUGCACUUUAUGGUUCUUUAGAGGAUCAGGAUUGACUGAAAAACUAGUGAAUCAUUUUAGUUACAGUGUUUGUUUCAGAUUUCAAAUCAUUAUUUGUUUGGAGGUUCAAAAAAUAAUUUCAACCCUUUUUUUUAUAUAAUUAUUCACGUGAAUAUUCAUUUGUUUUGACAGGGUUUUUGGUUUAGCUAGGAACAAAGAAAGAUGUUAGUGAGUAAAGAUGUAAAAA